AUGCCUCUCACCCUCCCCCUCCUCCCCCGCCAUGUCCCCUCCUUCCUCCCUUACAUCCUCCUCGCGCUCCUCCUCCUUACAACCCUCGCAGCCGCCAAUGUCGAAAAGACCAUCUUCCUCGCCCCUCCCCCUACCACAAUCCCAACCCCACAUCCCCCAAUCGACGACCUAGGUCUUGCGCGCCUCUCCCCCUCCCACCCCAUCCUCCGCACACACCUCAACGCAUCCUUCCCAACCCAAUCCUCACCAGGGACCGAAUCCUGGUUCUUUCUCCAAAAUCUCACUCCUGGCCGACGCUAUGAAGUACGCAUCUGUUGGCUAGCAACUCAACCAACAUCCUUCACCCUAACAACAUACACCCUCCCGCACGCCCUCUCAGAUACCUUCCUCCUAUCGUCCAUAACAAACUACUCCUCCUCACGCCUCGCCAGCACUCCAGACUCCGAGUUUGACCUCAAUCUCGACGACACAACCACCACCAACUUCAAUCCCGAAACUCCCCUCGACAGCAACGAACCCAUUACAGACUCGGUCCUGUUUCUACGUAUCCGCGCCGCGGCAGACUAUUACACCACGGAUAAGGAGCUGAUGACGCAUGUGCCGCCCGUGGCGGUGGAUGUGAUUCUGGAUCCGUUCCUGGGGAAUGUGUUUCCAAGGUCGUUGGUGCCGACGGCGUGUUACGGGGUAAUAGUGGCUGGGGUGGCAUUUUUGGUGGGGAAGUGGGUGGUUGGGGAGUUGGGGAGAGUGGUGGAUGAUAUGGCUGAGGAAAGGGAGAAGGAAGAGGGAGAUGAGGAUGUGGAUGGGGCGAUAGUAGAUGGGAUGAGAGAGGGGAAGAAGGUGCGGUGA